AUGCUGAUCAGCGUGAACGGCCAGUACUACCUGUCGUUGGGCAGCAACCCCGGGGUGGCCUAUGCACUGCGACUGCGAGAGCUGCAGAUGGUUUUCCGAGGGAAGAGGCCGGCUGAGGCCGUCAAUGAAGAGCACGUGGCUGCAAGGCCUCCGGCUUGGGAGAUCGACGAUGUCUUGACGGAGAACGACGUUGUCAACGCUCUCGUUCUUGAUGGCGGAGGGACACGUGAGAAACUUCAGAAGCUGCUUUUGAGCUUCACGGAGGUCCAAUGCUUUGAUUUCUCGGUGCAUUGUUGCGAUGUCAAACUGGCGACGAAGCUGGGGACUUCCCUGAUUCUGAGAAGGGCCAAAGAGGCCAGGCCCCUCCUGGUCUCGCUGAUCGCGAGCCGUGGGAUCUUGAAGAUUACAUCGGACUGCCUGAGCAGAAUGAUCAGCUGCUAUGGCCAACGGUUGAGGAAGAAUGCCUCAAAAUCCGAGAAGAUCCGCACGUUGAUUCGAUUGCCUAUGGUGCGCGAAGCUUUGUCAGAGGAGAAUCUGGCGAAGCUCGAACAACUCCUAUCGGAUUUGGAUGCAAAGAGAAGAAAGAAAUGCUCCGAAGCAGAGCAGGAUGAGGAAGACGAGGAGGGCCCCGAGGCUCGAGUGGGUAGUCAGUGA